AUGAUCCCCUCAAACAGACGACGAAUCACGCUGAUAGCAUUCGUUACGGCCGCGAUGAUGUUGGCUGUGUACAUGUUCCACGAUUCGGCAAUUCGGGCUGGAACGUCUCUAUACUCCUCAACGCAGGCUCCGCAACAACAGGCGCCGGCAACGGCAACGGGAGCAGGAGUUUUGAAGGAUGUGGAGGCGCAAAAGAAGCAGAUCGAGGAAUUGAAGAAGGAGGUCGAGAAGCUCCGGGAUUCGAUCUCGAAGCAUAAGGAUAUGCCAAAAACCACCAUGAGUGAUCCGGACGCGAAGAAAAAGCAGAAGGAUGAGGCGUGUAAGGAUGUCGUGCGAAACAUCGAUUACUACCAUUCCGUCAACCACGAGCAGUUCUGGCAGCAUGCGUCGCCGCAGGUGUGGGCGGAUCAGAUACGGGCGUGGAGGUCGUAUAUGGAUUCUGCGCCUUCGUGGGAGUCAGUAUCGGCGAAGCAUGAGAUGAAGGACCGUGGAAUCGUUAUUGCGGGUGGAAAUGGGGAUACGCUGGAUCGUACCAAGGUCACGCUGAGAAUGCUGAGAGAGUUAAAUUCAACACUACCGGUGGAGGUACAUUAUAUCCGGGGAGAACUGGGGAAGCCGGAGAUUGAGAAAUUGAAGGAGUUGGGGGCUACACCGAGGGAUUUGAGUGACGAAUCGAAUCUUUUUACGGUACAGAAGGUGGUUGGGAAGGAGAAGAAUUUCCAUAUCAAGAGUGCCGCGAUGAUCAACUCUGGGUUCGAGGAGAUCCUGUAUCUGGAUUCGGACUCCAUGCCAGUUCGAGAUCCGAGGUAUUUGUUUGGGUAUGAAGAGUAUGAGAAGACCGGCACCAUGUUCUGGCCCGACUACUGGAAAACCCACAAGGAAAACCCCAUUUGGGAUAUCCUCGACGCCCCCUGCGCCGACGAAUGGGAACAAGAAUCCGGCCAAGUCCUCCUCAACAAACGCACCAACUGGAAACCCCUCCUCCUCGCAAACUACAUGUCCAUGCACUCCGAGUUUUACUUUCAAUUGAUCAAUGGGGAUAAGGAUACGUUGAGGUUCGCGCAUAAAGCGUUGAAGAUGGAGUACUUCAUGGUUCCAAAGUUCUUGACUGCUGGCGGGUUGAUUUGGGAUGAGAGGUUUUGUGGGCAUACGAUGAUUCAGCAUGAUCCCGAUGAUGCGCCGAUGUUUGUUCACGCCAACUUGCUCAAGGAGUUCCCGAGGGACCGUCUCAACCCAGACACUGAAAGUAACACUGGGAAGGGUGUCUUUAGGACUUUCAAGAUGUAUACGGUGAGCAGGGGGAAUACGUGGUUGAAGCCGAGGUUUUACGUCUCGAGUGGAGGGCAGAAUUGUAUGGAGAUUGACGCUGGUGCUGGGGAGCCGGAUAUUCGGGAGGAGUCGUUUGAGAAUCUCGUGCCAGGGUGGAAUGCGUUCUAUAAGAGGAAUGGAGGGAAGGGUGGUGGCAGAUGA